AUGGUGUUUACUUUGGCCACCGCUCGGUCCGGCGUCUUGCGCCAGAGGAUCUCUCUGAAUACUGUGCGUCGAUAUUCCUCCCAGACCGUCCCUCCCACCUCUCCAUUUGCGCCUCGUCAUUUCCUCUCCAUUGCCGAUCUCUCCCCUGCGGAAUUUGCUGCGCUCGUUCGCAAUGCCUCUUCGCAUAAACGGUCGAUCAAGUCGGGAUCAAUUCCUCAGAGCCUCCUGGGGUCCUUGACCGGGAAAACCGUGGCUAUGAUCUUCAGCAAGCGAAGCACCCGGACCAGGGUAUCGACCGAAGGCGCCGUGGUACAAAUGGGGGGUCAUCCGAUGUUUCUGGGCAAGGAUGAUAUUCAAUUGGGCGUCAAUGAAUCCUUGUACGACUCGUCGGUGGUCAUCUCAUCCAUGGUAUCUUGCAUGGUCGCUCGAGUUGCCAAGCACGCGGACGUCGCAGAUCUCGCCAAACAUUCGACCGUGCCAGUGAUCAAUGCCCUCUGCGACUCCUUCCAUCCGCUCCAGGCUAUUGCGGAUUUCCAGACCAUGUACGAGACUUUCACACCCAAGUCCCACCACAUGUCCAGUCUGGGUCUGGAGGGACUGAAGAUAGCCUGGGUGGGCGAUGCCAACAAUGUUCUGUUCGACAUGGCUAUCGCGGCCACCAAGAUGGGUAUUGAUCUGGCGGUGGCUACUCCCAAGGGGUAUGAGAUCCCCGCGUCAAUGCUGGAGAUCAUUGCGGAUGCGGGCAAGACGGCCCCCAAGCCGGGAAAGCUAACCCAAACGAAUACCCCUGAGGAAGCCGUCAAAGGAGCCGAUGUCUUGGUGACCGACACCUGGAUCUCGAUGGGACAGGAAGUGGAGAAGAUCCAACGGUUGAGGGACUUCGAGGGCUUCCAGAUAACCCCUGAGUUAGCCAAACGGGGUGGGGCCAACGAGGGAUGGAAGUUCAUGCAUUGCCUGCCUCGACACCCGGAGGAAGUCAGUGACGAGGUAUUCUAUGGCCACCGAUCAUUGGUAUUCCCUGAGGCAGAGAAUCGGCUGUGGGCUGCGAUCUCCGCGCUGGAGGGAUUUGUGGUCAACAAAGGAAAGAUCGAGUAG